GCGGGGCUGCGGAUGGCCCUCCCCAUUCCCCAGCGUUCCCCGCGGCAGCAGGCACUGACGUGGCCGCCGUCAGAGCCGCCAUCUUGUGGGAGCAAAACCAACGCCUGGCUCGGAGCAGCAGCUGUGCCUCGGCCGCUGAGGGUUUCUCUGGCCAGUGUCACUCCCUGCAGUCGACAGCAUGGGGAAUAUCUUUGCGAACCUCUUCAAGGGCCUUUUUGGCAAAAAAGAAAUGCGCAUCCUCAUGGUGGGCCUGGACGCUGCGGGGAAGACCACCAUCCUGUACAAACUGAAGCUGGGUGAAAUCGUGACCACCAUUCCCACCAUAGGCUUCAAUGUCGAGACAGUGGAGUACAAGAACAUCAGCUUCACCGUGUGGGACGUGGGCGGCCAGGACAAGAUCCGGCCUCUGUGGCGCCACUACUUCCAGAACACACAAGGUCUCAUCUUUGUGGUGGACAGCAAUGACCGAGAGCGUGUGAAUGAGGCCCGGGAGGAGCUCAUGCGGAUGCUGGCGGAGGACGAGCUCAGGGAUGCUGUCCUGCUCGUGUUCGCGAACAAGCAGGACCUCCCCAACGCCAUGAACGCAGCUGAGAUCACAGACAAGCUGGGCCUGCACUCUCUGCGCCACAGGAACUGGUACAUUCAGGCCACCUGCGCCACCAGUGGGGAUGGGCUCUAUGAGGGACUGGACUGGCUGUCCAAUCAGCUCCGGAACCAGAAGUGAGCUGCACUCCUCUCCCCCCUCACUCCCUCUUCCGCCCUUGCUUUCUUCUCAUGUGGCAGACGUGCCCCUGUGGUGUGAGUGCCAGAAGCUGUCUCCAUGGUUGGUCCCAGUGUGCUUCACCAUGCUGUACAUGUGCAGACGCAGCCUGCAACCGGGUUUUUAUUUAAUGUAAAUAGUUCUUGUUUCCAAUGAGGCAGUUUCUGGUACUCUAUGCAAUAUUACUCAGCUUUUUUAUUGUAAAAAGAGAAUCAACCCACUGUUAGUACUGAGAAGGGAUUGUAGGCACCUGGGGCCUCCAGGAGCUGCUGUUAGACCAGCCUGACACUCUUGAGAUUUAGAUCUGUGUUGAGAUCCAUUUUGGUGGUUGGUUUUUAACCCAAACUCAGUGCAUUUUUUAAAAUAGUUACAAAUACAAGAUAAGGAGACACUUGAACACACAGAAGGGAGAAAUGUGCCUAGUGUAGGUUCUGCAGUAAUGGCCUGAUCCCAGUCCACCCAUGGUCUGUCUUCUAUCUGGAGCAUGUGGCGGGCAGAGCCAGCCACGAUAUGUUCUACAUGGUCACAUACGGUUCCCGUGAUUGGCUGGGUCAUCCUGCAUCCCAUAGCGUUUGUGCUUGUACUUGUGCUUACACCACCACCCAGGGGAUGGGCUGGGGGCUGUGGCCACUGCUCAGACCCCUCGGAGGGACCCCAGAUUUCCCUUGGGUCAGCAUGGGUGCUUUGGUGGGACCACUGUGGCCAGAGCGGGAGCCUUGUGGUCCCCACGCAUGUUUGCUCACUCCAGGGUGUCUGGGUCUCACCAGCAGGAGCACAGGCAGAUGGGUGGUGGGUCAUCCUAGAGUCCAGCCCCUUGGAGCCCCCGUCCACAUGUGCUUUCACUCCCUCAGCCUGCAAGGGUCAGAUUUGCCAUCAAAAACGACAACCUCUACUUUUUUUCUUUUGUAUUUUGAUAAACACUGAAGAAGCUGGAGCUGUUAAACUUUAUCUUGGGGAAAACCUCAAAACUGGUUUAUCUGGUGUCGUGGAACCUCUUACUGCUUUCAAUACACAAUUAGUAAUCAA